AUGGUAGAUUUAACUGAUGACACAUGCACUUGUAAAAAAUUUCUGUUGGAGACUUUUCCAUUUGAGCAUGUAGUCGUGGUUGCUAUGUAUCGAGAAUUCGCUGCUAGAACAUUGUGCUCUCAUUAUUACACAACUGAUUAUUGGAGAGUUGCGUACCCUGAGACAAUAUUUCCUCUGUCGAACGAAGUUGAGUGGGAAGUCUCCGACCAUAUUCAUUCACUCAAUACAUUGUUGCCACCUCUCAUUGAACCUCGUGGUCCUGGAUAUCCAAGUACGUCUAGAAUACUAUCUACCGGAGAAUUUUCUCGACAGUGUAAGUACAGUCGUUGCAAAUCAGUAGAGCACACUCGUCAAUAUUGUACAAGUCAUGUUCUUCUCAAUGACAUUUAG